UAGUAUUAGGAAGCUAUACCAGGUGCAAGCACAUGCAGCGGAGACUAUUGAACGUUGGACUGGGACCUUCCCGAAAGCCGUAACGUAACCGGUUGCCGGCAAAUCACACCGGGACUGAUCGACGCGGACUGCCGUUAUAAAGCCCAACUCAACGAGGUCGACGUCGUACCAACAGACAGAGAAUCAUGAAUAAUUUAGUGAAAGUAACAGUAAUAGUGGCAUUGUCUGCUCAAUUUUACUUAUCAUAUCAGUCAGAUUGUGUGCAGUCAAAGCAUGGAAUUGAGCUCUCAUCCAGCCUAGAUGACAGCAAUAGGACAGCAGCUUGUCCUGGAGAGGCAGUGGUAUACACCUGCACCGUAGCCAACACAGGAGUACUACAGUGGGCUGUAGAGUCUUUUCACAGGCUUGAAGAAAACUCUAUCCUAUUAAGUGUUCAGUAUGACCCGGUGGGAACUUUAGUGCAAGAGCAAGGCGGAUUGUUAGCUGCAAAUAUAACAGACAUCACUCAAAGCACAGCUGGGUACUGGGGAAAUAUAACCUCCACGCUUACAAUCGUGGCUAAUAAGAACUACUUCGAAAAUAGAAGAGUAUGGUGUGGUAACGGAUUUGAACUUGAAACAGAGUCACCUUGCAUCUUUCAUAGAUAUGGAGUUCCUCCAUCGUCACCAGUGUACCCGGUCUACACUGUCACAUCAUAUGAAGUUUCCAGUUUCUCUGUCCUGCUUAAGUGGAGUAAACCACAAAGUGAUGGUGGCCUGGGAAUACUGAAUUACACAACCACACUCAAGGCACCUCAGUCCCAUUACAUAUAUUAUGUUGAAAUGGGAGAGGAGUUGCGUUUAAACCUUCUAUAUAUGCAAUUGCAUAGUUUGCAAAUUGUUGCCACAAACUGUGCAGGAAAGAGCCCAGCUAUCAACAUAAGUAUUUUAGAAGGUAAGUACAUUUUGCUGUUUACGAUAACUCAGAGUAAUAGCAUAGGGAAAACAUCUGGACACGGGGUGAAGGCGUAGCUAUGACGCCUAGUUUUGCAGGUUUUUUAAAAGACAACAUCAAUGUUUGUCUGCAUGACAGACUGGCUGUCCACUUAACUCCGCAUGUACGAAAAUCGUGUAGCUCGUGCUUUAUUGCAUUCAUCUACAUGUUCUCUCGUAACUCUUUCAGUAAGCUGUGGUCCGCUGGAUGUCUCAGGUACAUCAACUAAUAACGGGGAGAAUCGUGUUUCAACACAAAAGGGAAGCCGACUUCAGUACAAAUGCAUAGAUAAUGCAGAAGUAAUUGUUUUUGAGUGCCUUAGCAAUGGCAGCUGGACACCUGACCCAAGGGUGAUCAAAUGCUCUAAUAUAAGCUCAUUUGCAAAUGAUAUAAUACAUUGCAAGGCCCCAGUUUUACCUCAGAACUCUCACAUUGAUGAAGAAAGAAGUAUAAUGGGAUUAAUGAUGGUUUAUCAGUGCAACAUUGGAUACAAACCAACAGAAAGAACGGUUUCUAAGUGUUUGGCAACAGGGGAGUGGGCACACAACAUUAGUGAUCUGCAAUGUAUUAAACAAGUUGAUUGUGGAGCUCUAAUGGGUCUAAGCAAUGGUUUUGUGGACUAUGCUGAAACUAUGGAGGGGUCUGUGGCUAUCCUUCAGUGUGACAAAGGCCUGGCCCUGUUAAGGGAUGAUUUGUAUGUCAUAAAGUGCAAUAAUAAUGGUACUUGGAUGCCUAAUAUUUUUGGUCAACGGUGUGUUGACCCACUGUUAAAAACAGGGGAGUCUUGUGCAGGUCAGAGUGGAAAUUUUUACUUAAUUGUUGGAGGAACCGCAUUGUUAACUUCAAUUCCUUUUGGAAUACUUGUUGGUUGGUUGUUAUCAAAAUGCCGUAAAAGAAAACAGAAAAAUUGCCAACAUUCCUAUGAGGAGGUCACACCAAAGAGACAACAAGAAACUAUAGAUAUUGUACAAAAUGAAGCUUAUAUGAAAUAUCAGCACAACAUUUAAAUACUAUGUACUAGUAGAAUGUUGAACAUUGUUGGCGAGGGGGAGCGACCCAACUUGGGAUUUGCCCGCGAUGUUC